GACGGUACUGAAGAAUUUGACAGCGCCCCGAUUGUGCCAUGCGGAUACGAGGUUCUCCAACAGUUGGACGGAGUUGCGUUUGGGGAUGAGACCGCGGGUAAGAAGAAGAAACGGAAGAAGCGGAAGAAGGGUGCAGGGAGUUCCGAUGUUAUAUGGAAGAAGAAAAGUAUAUUUUUCAGAUUGCCGUAUUGGGAAGACAAUUUGCUUCGGCACAAUCUUGAUGUUAUGCACAUAGAGAAAAAUGUCAUGGACAAUAUACUUGGCACUAUUUUGGAUAUAAAAGGGAAAACGAAGGACAACUUGGCAGCUCGGCUGGACUUGCAGGAAAUGGGGUUGAGACCUAAGUUGCAUCCGUUCACGGCCGCCAAUGGUAAAACGUAUAUUCCCGCUGCCUGUCACACCAUGACUAGAGAGGACAAAGAAAGUUUUCUGAAGGUUCUUCGAAAUGUGAGGGUCCCGGACGGAUACGCCUCGAACAUUUCACGAUGUGUUCGGCUGAAGGACCGUACAAUUUCCGGGUUGAAGAGCCACGAUAGCCACAUACUGAUGCAACAGCUUCUUCCAAUUGCACUGCGUAAGUCAUUGCCUGAUAAAGUUGUUAGACCUCUUGUGGAGAUUUCGGCAUUUUUUAGAGGCAUAUGCUCAACAAAGCUAUCACAAGAAGAUAUGGACCGACUGCAGGGUGACGUCUGUAUCACUUUGUGCAAACUAGAACAGAUAUUCCCUCCAGGGUUUUUUACGAGCAUGGUCCACUUGGUCGUGCAUCUUGUGCGCGAGUGUAGACUCGGCGGACCCGUGCAGUAUAGAUGGAUGUACCCGGCAGAGAGGUAAAAUUCAGCGUAAUAUGUAAAUAUAUAAUUUGAUUUAAAUGUAACCAUAAUUGACGACAAUUAAAUUGUCGUGUAUGUGUGUACACCAGGAGUCUGGGGCAUUUCAAGUCUACUGUGCGCAAUAAAGCGGCUCCUGAGGGGUGCAUUGCGGAGGGGUACAUAGCGACCGAGCUGGUAACGUUCUGUUCAAGGUAUCUGAAUAACGCACCAACAUUCCACAACAGACCUCAGAGGAAUCCUGAUGGAUCCAAGGGGGCGGGCACGCGUGUUACCCUGAACCGGUUGAUAAUGCACCAGAUUCAUCGUUAUAUUGUGUUCAACUCUGAAGAGUUUCACAAUUUGCGGACGAUGCACAAAGACGCGCUUAGGCGAUCAUGCACUAGAGGUCGCAUUACGGAGGCUCUUAUUGAAGCAGAACAUCAUGAGCAGUUCUGCGAAUGGUACCCUGCAUAUGUCGAUGGCCUUGACGAUCAACGUAGGGAGGAAUUGGGCCACAACUUGGUUAUGCGUUGUAGAGGGCUGAAGGAGACAGCGGUCAAGUACAACAGGUACGUGGUAAAUGGGAAAUUGUUUCGCACGCUUGCCCAUGAUGUGGGAAGGAGGACUCAGAACAGCGGCGUAUGUGUUCCUACCGUUGAAGGCGAAACGUACUACGGGCAGUUAACCGAUAUAGUUGAGGUCGAGUACUAUGACAGGACUACGUACGUCCUAUUUAAGUGCAAUUGGGCAGACCCCACGAUGGAAAGAGGAUUCACAAUAGACGAGUAUGGCCUAGUGUUUGUCAACUUCAAUCACCUCGUCCACAGGGGAGAACUGAUUCAGGACGAGCCGUACGUGCUUACAUCUCAGGUGGAUCAAGUAUUCUACGUCGAAGAUGGAAGGAACCCAAAUUGGGUUUGUGCGGUUAGGACCAAACCGCGCAACGUGUACGACGUUGGCCAGGGGGAUGGGAGUAAUGAGGAUGGUACAACCUACCAUGAGUGCGUACCGCUCGUACUAGCCACUGAUGACCUACCUGAUACGAAUGAUGAAUUCGAGUACGACAGGCCCGACAUUGAUCCGAUUGAAGCUCCCGUGAUACAAUGAUUGAUGUAUUUCUUGUAUUGAUGGACCAGGGACGCCAUCCUUAUGCAUAUCGGGCACCUCGCCCACCCGUGCCCCCCAUGACCACGCCCACUGAUUCGACGCCAGUAUAUACUGCGGCGUGGCCACCCCACCCAGACGGGGCUUAUAGACCAUUGUUGCCGGGUAUGGUGGCCGUGCCCACGUCAGAUCACGGGCAGACCAGCACAGCUGGAGUUGGCAGCUCU